AGACAGUCUAACCUUACUUUGACAUUUCACUGAUAGAAAUACAAUCGUUCAGCCAUUUCAAGACCCAUUUGAAAUUGCAGAAAUAGAAUUAAUACCAACAUAGCUUGUCUUUAAUUGCCGUUUUGAAUUAAACAUAGCUCACACGGUGCUUGAGACAUGCACAAUAUGGCUCAAGUGAAUGCUCCAAUGCUACAGUUCAAGAAUUCGGCUCUCUUUGGAAUCCAGCCAAACUCGUUUGUUUGCUUUCAGACACAAAGUAGAAGUAUAACUAAGAAACCAUUAGUGAUUGAAGCCAGAGCUAGAGCAAAUACUAGAAAAGAAAGUGGAAAAAUUCGGAACAGAAGGAUGCUGAAAAAGUAUAAUGGAACAGCCACACAUCCAAGGCUUUCAGUAUUUGGCUCAGAUAAGCAAUUAUAUGCAAUGCUUGUAGAUGACAAAAAUAAAAAGUGUUUGUUCUAUGGAAGCACGCUGCAGAAAUCAAUCCGACAAGACCCUCCUUGUAGCACGCUUGAAGCUGCUCAACGUGUUGGAGAGGCACUGGUCAAAGCUUGUGUUGAUCUCAACAUAAAUGAAAUAUUAUCCUAUGAUCGCAAUGGGCUCCGCCAGCGUGAAGAAAAGCUAAAAGCCUUUGAGAAUGCCAUUUCAAGUUAUGGAUUCUUACCAAGAUAAGUCUGUAGCUGAUAUUGCUUCUCUUUUGAACAACUCGUGUGAAGAACUCAUGUUGAAGUCAAUCUUAUUAGGGUAGGACAUCAGUUUUCUAGAAUAUUGGGUUGCAAUCUCGCGUGAUUGACCUUAUACGUAAGAUAAACUUUGAAACAUCUAACAUUCUUUGUGCCAUAAUAUAUAUUGAUUGGAAUCCUAAUCUGGACAUACCCUAUCAAAAGUAGUUGCCUGUUCUACAUCAAUGAUUUACUUGGGUGGAGCUAGCCAAUUUUUUUCCUUUGGAGAGGGACAAAUAUA